UCUGGCUGCGAGGCGGCGCUGGCUCCGGGGGGAAGAUGGCGGCGUCCUCGCUGGAGCAGAAGCUGUCCCGCCUGGAGGCCAAGCUGAAGCAGGAGAACCGGGAGGCCCGGCGGAAGAUCGACCUGAACCUGGAGAUCAGCCCGGCCCGGGCCCGGCCCAUUAUUGUGAUCACUCUAAGCCCUGCUCCCGCUCCGUCCCAACGAGCAGCCCUGCAGCUCCCCCUGGCGAACGAUGGCAGCAGCCGCUCCUCUUCCUCGGAGAACUCUCCCCAGCAUCAAACGCACCAGCCGCGCCCCCGCCACAUGCUGGGCCUGCCCCAGCCAUCCUUCCCCAUCCCCAGGAGCAUGGAGAGUAUAGAGAUAGAUCAGAAGCUGCAGGAAAUCAUGAAGCAAACGGGUUACCUGACCAUAGGAGGGCAGCGGUACCAAGCAGAGAUCAAUGACCUGGAGAACCUAGGCGAGAUCGGCAGCGGGACGUGCGGUCAAGUGUGGAAGAUGCGGUUCAAGAAAACGGGACACAUCAUAGCCGUGAAGCAAAUGCGCCGCUCAGGUAACAAGGAGGAGAACAAGAGGAUCCUGAUGGACCUGGAUGUGGUGCUGAAAAGCCACGACUGCCCCUACAUUGUCCAGUGCUUCGGGACCUUCAUCACCAAUACAGACGUCUUCAUUGCCAUGGAGCUGAUGGGCACAUGUGCGGAGAAACUCAAGAAACGCAUCCAGGGGCCCAUCCCAGAGAGGAUCCUGGGGAAGAUGACGGUGGCGAUUGUCAAGGCGCUCUACUACCUGAAGGAGAAGCAUGGCGUCAUCCACCGAGACGUCAAACCCUCCAACAUUCUGCUAGACGAGAGGGGGCAGAUCAAGCUGUGUGACUUCGGGAUCAGCGGGAGGCUGGUGGACUCGAAGGCCAAGACCCGGAGUGCGGGCUGCGCGGCGUACAUGGCGCCUGAAAGGAUAGACCCUCCUGAUCCCACCAAACCAGACUACGAUAUCCGAGCGGAUGUGUGGAGCCUGGGCAUCUCGCUGGUCGAACUGGCUACCGGUCAGUUUCCCUACAAGAACUGUAAAACGGACUUUGAGGUGCUCACCAAGGUCUUGCAGGAAGAUCCUCCCCUGCUCCCAAACAACAUGAGCUUCUCCGUGGACUUUCAGUCCUUCGUUAAAGACUGCCUUACUAAAGAUCACAGGAAGAGACCAAAGUACAACAAGCUACUUGAACACAACUUCAUCAAGCGUUACGAGACACUGGAAGUGGACGUGGCGUCUUGGUUCAAAGACGUCAUGGCCAAGACCGAGUCGCCCCGCACGAGCAGCAUCCUCAGCCAGCACCACCUGCCUUUCUUCACCAGGACCAGCUCCCCCAUCCCCCCGUCGGAUCGGGGAGCCUCGCACACCGGGACCGCGAGGGAUGGCGGCAGCUUGGAGCCCGAUCCUGCUGCUGCUGCUGCUGUGGGCCCAGUCGGCAGCCGCCUGGCGCUGGGCCCUGUGCCGGCCCAGCCCACUGUCCACUCGCCACCCUGUGCUGGGCUUCUGGGAGCGGAUCCACGCAGGCUCGGGCUGCGCCAGCCGGGGGCGCUCAGCCUCGGGCCGGGAGGUGCAUGUGCUUGUCCUACGGGGGCCAGCGGGGAGGAUGGGAGCCAGACAGGUGAGCCUAGAACUGGGCCCAGCCCCCCCUGGCAGAGCCCCCAUCUUCGUGCUCAGCUCCCCGGCGCCCGUGGUCUGGAGCCUCCAAAUGGCCCAGGUGUCUCUUGGGGAGCAAUGGACCUUCCAGGUCUCCCUGGGGUCCAGAGUCUCGGCCCUUGGGGGUGUCACUGUCACUGA